AUGGGGUGUUUUUGGUCGUCGGAAUCUGUAUCUGACGUGCGACUUUCCCAAAGGAGAGCUCUAUCUUUACCAAAGCCUUUGCCUGAACGAGAAACACAGACAAUACUAAAACCACUUUUUGGUGAAUAUAAAUGUUCUGCAUGUGGUCGUACAUGGAAAAGCAGGCUUUGCUGGCCUGACAGCUAUCAGAUUUGCAUCAGGUGUAAGAGGCCUGUUUAUCCCCAUAAUCAGAGGGCAUUAUUGCCUUCUGAUAUUAUGGCAUCAAAGGUGAAUCAAGAACAUAAAAAGGAACUAUGUCAGAAGUGCCAGCAGUUAGGUUACUACUGUGGAAAUUUUGGUAAGAAUAACGUGUAUAGGAGAGAAUUGUCUUAU